AUGAAAGAAUCUUUUGAUUAGGCUCAUUAUGAUAUAAAGCAGGAGAUAUAACAUUAUGAGCAUGACCUUGAUCAUUUUUGGACAGCACUAACUGGGUAUAUAACAAAAUAAAAUUCAGGGCUGUAGUUCUGAUAAUGCAGUUAGGAUUUGCAUUUCUAGAGGGAGGGUGUGUACGAUACAGGAACAUUUAAAGCAUUAUAAUAAAAGUUUAUGCGAACACUGCUAUAAGCAUAAUUAUGAUGUGGAUAGUAAGAAUAAGCUCUAAAUUAGGUUGGAUAUGGAUUAAUGAUGGGUAAAACUAACGACACUUAAUUUAAUGGUAUUAGUGGUUUCUCAGGUUUCAGAUUUAAGGAUCAUCCUGAAUCUUAUGCUGAUUUUAUAUUUAAUUCAGCAUUGGCAGCUGCAGCUAAUAGUAUUGUAUCUGGUGGAGCUGCUGAAAGAAUGUCAAUACCUGGUUAUAUUGCUCUUAGUGCAUUAUUUUCUGGAUUUAUUUAUCCUAUUUGCAUACAUUGGGCAUUUAGAGGUUGGUUAUAUGAUAUGGGUUAUCAUGAUUUUGCAGGAAGUGGUGCAAUUCAUUUAACAGCUGGAAUUGGAGCACUUGUUGUUACAUAUAUGCUCAGACCUAGAACUAAUCGGUUUGAUCCUGAAUUUGAAUCAUAAUUUAAGCCAGCAAAUACAACCUUUAUUUGUUUAUCUUGUCUGACUUUAUAUAUGGCAUGGAUGUGCUUCAAUUCUGGAUCAACUUUGGCUUUAUCUAAUGGUUCUGUAUUCACAGUUGGAAAUUCAAUAAUAAAUACUAUGGUUGGUGGAGCAAGUGGGGGAUUAUUUGUAUUCUUUUAUCAUUAUUUUACAAAUCGAAAUACUGAAAAUCGUUUUAGUUUAGUGAUGGUUUGUAAUGGUAAUUUAGCAGGUCUAGUAGCAGUUACUGGGUAAUAAUUAAUGUAAUUAGAUUAGAUCUAAUGAUGAAAUAGAAUAAUGGGCAGCAUUUAUUAUUGGUAUAGUAGGAGGAAUAAUAUAUAUUUUAGUGGCUAAAAUAUUACAUAAAUUAGAAAUAGAUGAUCCUGUAGAUGCUAUACCUAUUCAUGCUGGUUGUGGUUUAACAGGAGCCAUGUUUCCAGGAUGGUUUGAUAGAAAAAGAGGAAUAUAUUAUGAAUGGGGAGCAUAUUAAUGGGGAGUUUAAGUACUUGGUUGUGUUUGUUUUAUUGCUUGGUAUUAUUUUAUGAUUAAUAAUUAUAUUUAGGUCUGCUGCCUGGCAUUAUGUAGCUUGUAGAAUAUUAGAAAAACUUAAUUUACUAAGAGUAGAAAAAACUUAAGAUUAAGAAGGAUUAGAUCCAACUGUUUGUGGGGGACAUGCCUUUUUUUAUGAACCUGUAAGAGAAUAAGAUAUGAAAGAAUACUUUUCAUUCUAAAGAGAUAUUUAAUAAUUUGAUUAAGUAAAAUUAAAUGAAAUCGAAAAUGAUGAUAGAAACUUAUCAAUUAUUAAAUAAGCUGAUAAAUGA